AUGAAAGACACGAAUGUGUGGUGGCUCAGCUUCUGUCUGAAGAAUUUUGUUGUAGCGCUAUGCGGCUAAUAAGGGAACUAAUAUAGAUCAAAAUGAUAACAGCUCCCACCACCAAAAAUUAGACGAAUUGCUGGAUCUGUGCCUGUGUCGAUUCGAAUGUUGAUAACUAUACUACCAACUGUCAGCAGAAAGAUGACAGUGUUAAUAUAUCUUUUUAUGUAGGAUUUUCGUAUUAAUGUAUUAACAGAUACGCUGGAAAAAUUGUUAACGCUUAUUGAUCCUAUUGAAUCCCUUGUCAUAAAUUUUUUUAUAUUAAUUGUUGAUUUUUGCGACCUAUUGAUCAACCAUUGUACGCAUGUUUCAUGCGGAAUAGUUGCGUCAUAACAAAGUUUAGUUAUCUUGAUUAGAACUACAACGAUUAAAAAAGCAGAUAAAGGGUUGGAUAACCUGUAUCUCGAAUAUAGCCGAAUUUGUAACAGUGUACUUUCGGAUUUUUUAACUCAUUUCUUUUUCGUAUUUUCACUACAUCAAAAUGUUUAUAAAACCAUUUAAAGUAAAAUCUAACAAUCAAUUGAAAGGAACAGAAAGAAAAAAAUUAUGCGAAGAAAUUUUAGCAGCAUAUCCGACGCUGACAGAUGAAGAAACGCAAUCGUUGAUUCCUAAGAAAGAGACGAUAAGCGUUAUGAAAAUUUUAACUUACAGUGGCCACUCAGGAAAAGUAUAUUGUGUAGCUAAAAUACCCAUGUUUUUCCAACUUGAAUCUUUGCAUCAGGCAUUAUUACCUACUAUAUUCACUUUAUGGCAUCAUCCAAAUUUGUUAAGGACUUUUACAACUUAUCCUCCAGUUGUAACAAAACUAGCUGGAGGUGCAAAUUUAAUGUUGCCUGGAGUCAGUAUCAAGGAGCCCGUAACAUUAUAUUCUUUUGGAAAAUUACAAAAGGGUACACCUGUUUCAGUAAACACAGAUGAUAAUAAGGCACCGGUUGCUGUUGGCUUUACUGCUCUUUGUAGCGAAGACAUGUACAUGUCUGGAGGACACGGAAAAUGUGUAGAAAUUAUACAUGUAAUAGGUGAUACACUUUGCCAAUUAGGGAAGCCUCCUGUAAGGCCAGACUUAGGACCACCAAAUAUUGAUACAGAUAAUGAUAAAUUGGAAAAUAUAAAUGAAAUAAAUGACCCGAGUAAUGAUAAUAAUGAAGAAUCACUUGUUGAAAUAAUGGACGAUUUAGAAAUAAAUAAUGAUAGAGUAUCAGAGAUUGAAUCUCCUUGCGAGGAAGAAAAUAAAAUAGAGGAAUCUGAUGAAAUAAAAAAUUUAUCUACUGCUCAAGAAGAAGCAACUGUGGAUCCACUAAAGGAAAUGGACAGUUUGUUAGAAUAUUGCUUUCUAAAAGCUUGUAAAACUUCAGUAAAAUCUAAUGAUUUACCUAUGUUGACAUCCAAUUUCUUUAAAAAUCAUUUAAUAGCUGCAUGUCCACCAGAUAAAAACAUAGAUAUAAAAAAAUCUCGGUAUAAAAAGCUAUCAUUGUUUUUAGCAGAAAUGAAAGCAAAAGGUAUUAUUAACACUUCUGUAACUAAAGGUGUUGAAAGUAUAUUAUCGAUUAAGUUUAAUCAUCCUCUUAUAAAAGAACUAGUCAUUGUGGAGGAACAUACACCAAUCCAGGAGCCAGUUGUUUCUAAUGCGGCAGUUGUCUCCGAAUGUUAUAAAGUAACUGCAGAUGUUUUGCCAGUACUAUCAAAAUUCAGAUAUGAAAUGAUUUUCUCUGCAGAGCAGAAGUCGACAACUGUUACAUCAUAUACCAUUAUGCUGUAUUAUAUGACACGAAUUAUAUACAUUUUACUCCCAUACAAUGAUUGCAGAAAAGGGGACGUUAUGAAAAGAGCUGAAAUCAGAAAAUGUUUUACUGAAUAUGUGAAGGCGGAGAAUCUUCAAGAUGGAAAGAUACUGAAAUUAAAUCCGCAACUCGCAGGUAUUAUGAAAACCAAAGCGAAUGUGGAAACUGUGUUGAUGGAGGAUGGAAUAAAUAAGUUUAUUGGACGUAUGACGCAUAUGCACGAAGUUACUUUAGCUGGAAAUAAAUUGUUACACACGGGCAAAUUGGAACCUAUUGAUAUGAGAGUCACCGUCCGAUCCGGUGGUAAGAAGGUUACGCUAGUAAACAAUUUAGAAACAUUUGGUAUAAAUUCUAAAGAGUUCAGCAAGGAAUGCCAGAGCAUUGGGGCUAGUGCAACAAUUACGGACGAACCAGGAAAGAAAACUCCGAGUGUUCUGGUUCAAGGGAAUCAGAUUUUAUACGUGUACAAAUUACUUACGGAAAAAUAUCAAAUAAAGAAGAAUUAUAUAAGAGGAUUAGAAUUCGCCCCAAAGAAGCAAGGUUCUCAUAAAAAAUAGGUUGCCUGGCAAAAAUUAUCACGUGAUAGAUGUAGCGUUAUGUCAAAUUUUUCCUCAUAAACGAUUAAAUUUUUAUUUAUUUCCGAUACGAAACUUUCCUGUUACAAGAUUAAAUUUUUACGAAUCAUUUAAGAAUCUCUCGACUAUCAAAAAGACUAUAUGUAGUCUUCAUGAUGGAUUCUAUGUUGAAUAAACGUUUAUUAGAAAACGUAGGCAGCAUUUCUGCCUACAUCAAAGCUGUCUGAUGCCGCUACUUCAAUCGGUGUUACUACUUGAUAUUUCAAUUUAGGACGUCCUUAAUUCCAAAUAUACGUAUGCUGCCAACUCAAUGUAUUUCUUUCUAGAAAUACUUUUUAUUAGGUGUUUCACUAAUUCAUUAAUUACUAACAUUGAAUAUCGAAUACAGGAAAACUUCUAUGGAUUGUAAUUGCAAUUCGACUGAUCAAUAAAUGAAUUCGCAACGAAA